GAGAGAGGAGGAGAGAAUGUAUGGUGAACGGCAAGCGCUUCCUUGUUCAUGUCCUGGGCCUUUGUGAAUAAACCAUGGGAUGUAUUGGCUCGCGAACACUCACGGCAGAUGGGGUUCCAGUACAGAAGGAUGGGGAACAGGAGUGACGCGUUCUAUGAAGGACAAGGUGACAAAGCCAACAGCUAUGGCACAGGGCCGCGUGGCUCAUAUGAUAGAGUGGCAGAACUGGGGCAUGCAGACAGUAGGAGCAGGAGGCUCCAGUGUUGGUCGGUUCUCCACUCGCAAUCUUCAGCAGGAACGCAAGCUGGAGAACGAUGCCUAUAGUGACCUUAGUGAUGGAGAGAAGGAGGCACGCUUUGCAGCAGGUGUUAUGCAGCAGUUUGCAAUAUCCGAGGCCACGUUGCUUGCUUGGAAUUCUAUGGAUGGAGAAAGCAUGAGUGCAGGCUCCAACCAAGGCAGUGUUGCUCAUCUGAGUGAGGCCAACCAGGAGAGCAUCACCAGCCGAGACCAGAUAUUACACCAUUCCUCUGCAGAGGUGUGGCCUCACACGUACGUCUCCCAGGGCCUGUACUGCCUCUCCUCUUCAGAUGCCUGGGAGCCAAUCAGCAAUGAGCAGUCAGGAGUGGCCUCUCCAGCAACAGGCUCCUAUGUCAUGGCAGGUGGUGCCUCCUGCGAUAGCGGCUAUGAUGGAAAUACUGCGGCUCACUUCCUGUCACAGCAGCAACAGCAGCAGUACAUCCAACACCACCAGAGCCAGUUACAACAGAUCCAGCAACUACAACAGAUACAGCAAUACCAGCAACAACAGAUCCUGCAGUAUCAGCAACAGCAACAGUUUUUGGAACAAAGAUUACAUAGUGCCACUCAGUCUCUGCAGGCUACACCCAACAGCACCAUUCACAGUCUACCACCACUCACCCACCCACCCUUGGUCGAUUUGUGGGGGCCAGGGCUUACAGAGACCUACCAAGCUGAAGUAGGUGGGUAUAUAGGCGUGGCUGCAAGCAAUGAGGGAAAUCUAACGGCACCCUCAGAAGACAUGGGAACAGAACACUCACCGUUACUGGAAGCUCAAGAAGAGGAAGAGAUCAAGGAGGAAGAAGUAACAUUAUGCAUGGAACCAGAACCAGUGACUUUAAUUCCUUCUCCAGCUGCCCAGAGAGAGGAAGUGACCUCAGUAGGGGGAAGCAGUCCAGGACAGGUCCCUGGGGAAUCGAUCGCAGAAUGGAAAGCUUCUGAUGUCUCACCGUCCGUUAAUGAAAUACUGGAGGAAAAAGAGGAGGAGUCGGAAUCCUCAUCGGCCAGUGCCACGGCAACAAAAUGAGUGUUAGGAGCAGGAAGAAAACUGAUUUCGACUGACAUUUUAUGCUACAUAAUCAGCUCUUUGAAUUGAUCUAUCACUUUUUCAGGAAUCUCUCCUUUGCGCCGGAUCUCGUGCCACUUCAAAUACAAUAAGGAGAAAAUGACAGAAUUUUCUAACAAACAUUAUUCACUAAUUAAGAGGAGCACUGGAGCGAGAGAGAGAGAGACAGAGACAGAGAGAGAGAGAGAGAGUAAGGACAAAUCUAUUCACAAUGGGGUUUGGAGAGACGAGUACAGACAAAGGUUAAAUUCAUGCAUGCUAGCUACAUGGAUGCUACUCAUUGCUAUGAACAUACAGUCAACAUCAUAACAAAGCAGCAAAAACAACUGAAACAUGCAGACGCAAAAAAGAUAGUGAAAUAAAAAUGCAUAAAUGUAAGGUGUUGUGUAAAGUCAGCUGAGUUUCAAUCAACACUUUCUUCAUCCGUUAUAGAUAUCAUGUGUCAUUACAUAAGUAAAUCUGAUACCACAGAAAACGAAUUACAGUAUGAAAUGGAUUUGAACACCCAUGGAGCAAAAUCUUUUUUCCCCCUAUUGGCAAUUCAUCUCUCAUUAAUUCAGACAUCUGUCCUGACAUCUAUCCAGCUUAAAUGUUAUUAUAUUGGACUAACAGAUGAGCUGUUUCUUUUGAAAACAAAUUUCCAAAGUUUGCUCCAUGUGGCUUAUUUUAUUUAUAUGAUUCAAAAUCUGGCACAUGGGUUUAAGGUGAUACUGCUUAAAAGCAACUCUAGGCAAAUUUUACGCAAAACCAAAUUCAACAAUUAUCAAAGCUCUUAAUACUUUAUAUAAAGUUUAUGACAAUGUUGAGAAGGUUGGAAAUGCAUUUCCUUUCCAACCCAAGUUAUAUAAGGAAGACUAUUCACUUCUGUUCAUGGAUGAGCUGAGGUCUUAUUAGGAAACAUCAGAAAUUAUAAGCAUAUUAAUAAAUACAAAAAUAGCAUAUAUCUAUAUACACACACAUUGUGUGCUUCAAACGUAUAGUGUAUCAUAGUGGGCUUCCUUCUCUUGGUCAUCUUUGCAUGCAUGCUAUAUGUCAGUGUAAUAUUACAUCCCAGACAGCACUGUACAGUUAUUUGCACUGAACCUUUCUACUCUGGCGAAGCUUUGCUUGUCUGAGUGAUGAAGGCACAGAGUUGCACAGCCUUUGGAUGUUGGUACCAUCCAGAGAGAGAAAAGAAUCUACACUCCCCUGAAAGCAGCUUUACAGGAAUCCCACUUAUGAUAUAACUGAUAAAAUGUCAGCACACUGACUGAUGUGGUUCGUUUGCACUUUUGUUCGACUGUCCAUGUUCAUGAAAUGUAUUUGGAUUUAAACAAAAUGAACCACAUAAAAAGUCUAAGUAGACUGCAAAAUAUUUAGACAAGAAGGUUUAUGGAUGAAAAAUGCUGCAUCACUUGCAAAAAAAAAAGAAAAAAAAGAAAGAAAAACAAUAAAAACCCCAAUACAUUUUCAUUUAAUGUUUUCGAUUAAUUGUAUGUAAAUACUGUGAAUGCUUUUCAGUUACUUCUUUAUUUUUAUACUGUGUCUUGAAUUCCGUUUGUAACACAACAUAAAUCAAUUUACUGCUGGACAUUUAAAGCCUGUAUUGUAUACAACAGACGUAAGCAAUUGUCUUUAAGAUCAACAUAUGUAAAUAAUUUGACAGAAAUGUGGACAUUUUAUCCGGAAACAUGUUCUAAUAGAAUCAGAGCGAACAGAAAGUGUCCUCUUGAAGAACUCAGGCCAAUAAGAAUAGACUAGGCGUCUUCCAGUUAGUCGUGGUUACUGUUAGUGGCCAUGGCUGGAAACAUUGCAUGGGUGUAUGAUCUUUUAUGCUCGAAUAUAAGCUGAGCUAAAACAAGUAACGGAAGACACAGUGGGUAUCUGCUUCACUCUUUCCUGCUGUCGAGGAGAAUAAAAUGAGAACAACCAGGACCACUGCAUCUCCUGGCCAACUUCGUGAAUUCAUUUUCUUUAUUUAUUUAUUGGAGGUUGAAGACCUCAGUUGAUUUCUGAAGCUUAUGUGAAAGCCAAAUACAAUAAGAUAAACUUGUUUAUUGACUUGAAAGACUUUAUUUAUUGAUUGAUUAUUUAUGCAAUGUUGGGACAAUAUUUAUUUUUGUACAGAAUUAUAAGCCCUCCCUGUAGUAUAUGAUAGAGUACAUGUUGUUAUGUUGAGCUCCUGACACUGGCAUGGAGACUGGAAAAUCUGGAAUUUUUUUCUGAGUGAGUUUAGUGCGUGCGUGUGCACACGUGUCCGUAUAUCUUUGUGGCAUUUUAUUGAAUCUUAUGCUACAUAAGGCUCCACACAUAUCACUGUCAUUAUAUGCAGGUAACCCAGACGUCUAAUGUCUCACAACAGUAAUGACUGUUGGUAAAAGCGAAUGUUUAUAAGGCUUUAAUUUUUGUCUGUGCUUGUUAAGCUUAACUCAGUAUCAACUUCCAGUGUUGACAAGUCUUAGUACGUGGCAGAAGGGAAGCAGCAAGGUAACGAUAUGUGCUUAUUUAUUUAUUUAAGAGUUAUUUUGGGAGAGGGCUUCUUUCUCAUUUUAGACACAUUUGGUGGAAAUGACCUCACUCUUCAGUAAGUCGGUGGUUAAUUUCCUCUUAACUCACCACAGUGCCAUGUCAAUAUUAUAUCUAUGAACAGAUGUCUGUGAAGGAAAAAAGGAGGUUAGUUUAACAUAUUUUUGACCCUUUGGGGUAGAAAUUUAUUUUUAAGUUCACAGAUCGAUAUAGGAAAUGAGUCUAAAAGUCAUGCUGAAAUAUAGAGCAAAAUUGAUCUAGAGCAAUUUGUGGCAGCGUUCAGCAUUUUCCUGUCUAGGAUGCUGGAUCGAUCAAAAUAGAACAUGGGUUACAUAUAUUAUUUGUUUACAGAUCGUAGAAAUGAUGCUUUCUCAGUUUUCAUACCUUAUGUUCUAAACCAUGUACAAUGCUAUUUGUAUGUUGGCUUGCAUAACAGACCAUGAGUUACUGUAUCAUCAGAAGAUUGGAGAGCACUUGAGACAAGCCAUGAGGAGCUAAUUAUACCAAACAAACAUGACAGGUCACCAGAAGAGUGAUGCCAUUUCCUGCUAGGUAUUUUGUUGCUUUAUGUGUAAGGUAAGAAAUAUGGAUGGAUAUAGUAAUAAUCACAAACCAAAUGUAUUUCUUUGCUUAUUACUGUUUGUGACUACAGAUUGUUUGUGAUUUUUUUUGUACAACUCUACUGCCAUCUCUUAAUAUAACCCAACAUAAUGGGCAUGAAUCUAUACACUGUUUGGUUUGUGUUUUCUCUUUUUGGCUUAAUUUUUUUUUGUUUUUUUGUUGUUGUUGUUGUUGUUGUUUACUUCGUGUCUUCUGUCUCUCUUUUAAUGGAGGAAUCGCAACACAAAAUGAUCACAAUCCGCAGGUUUUGGUUCAAAAACUAUGUAAAGGCUUAACCAUUUGUUAGAAAUGUGAUCCAAAGACAGACAUUAGAAUUCAUAUGGAUUUUAUUUGGAUAUGAACUUGUUUGAAUAAGUGUAAGUGGGAAUUCAAUCUGUGAUGCCUAUAUCUAUGCAUGCUUGUCCGAAGGGUCUAAUGACAUGGUUCUUCCAGUGUGCUUUCACUUCUCUCUCCCUGUCUCUCGUGAUCUCUCCUUUUUUGUCCUGCACGAGAUAAAAAAAAAAUCCUUCCCUAACCACACACAUACCACAUCCCAAUCCCCAUCUCUAUACCCCUCCCCAAACAACAAUAAUGAAAAACGAUUAAAUAAACAAAGAGAAAAUUAUCCUGUAUUGUUUUUUUUUCCUGAAACAGUACAA